AUGUCUUGGCUCCUAGGCCACAGCAAAACGACCUACACCUCUCAUGCCUCGCCAACACCCCUCCAGACCAAGACUGGCUCAAAAACAACCCUCAAAGAGAUCGCCGAGUCCUCAAUCCCACCAUGCCGUCUAAACCCCUUCCUCUUCAACGGCCACCUCCAGACAAUGUACACAGCCGUCAAAGACCCCGGCCCAGAAAUCUACUACAAGCGCCAAAUCUUCGACUCUGACCACUCCGUCUACCCAGGCACCUUUGCCGUAGACUUCGUCGUACCAAAAGAAGAAGGACUCGCCUCCGCUACGCGAAUGACCGAAGAGAAAGACACCACCGAACUCCCCGAGCGAACCACAAACUUCACGCCCAAAGAAUGGGACGCAAUAGGCAGUCCAGACAACACCCCCAUGCUAAUAGCCCUGCACGGCCUAACCGGCGGCUCCCACGAAGUCUACCUCCGCGAAACCCUCCAACCGCUCCUGACAUCCCACUCGCAACCCUGGGCCGCAUGUGUUGUAAACGGCCGGGGCUGCGCCCUCUCCGCGAUUUCCACGCCCCAACUCUUCAACUCACGCGCAACCUGGGACCUACGUCAAACCAUCAAAACACUACACGCCCUCUUCCCCAACCGCCCCCUCUACGCCAUAGGCUUCAGUCUCGGCGCCAACAUCCUAACCAACUACUGCGGCGAAGAAGGACCCCGCUGCACCCUCAAAGCCGCGGUAUCCUGUUCGAACCCCUGGAACCUAGAAGUCUGCAACACAACCCUCCAAUCAACCUACUUAGGCCUGCACAUCUACUCCCGCACCAUGGGCAAGAACCUCAUGGGACUGUUCCACCGCCACCGCUCGCAGAUACUAAAGAACCCCGGUAUCGACGAGACAGCUCUGUUAGCGAGUAAAUACCUCCAUGAGUUUGAUCGACAUGUCCAGUGUCCGACGUGGGGGUAUCCGACGGAAGGCGCGUAUUACAGGGACUCGCAGUCUGUGGAUGCGGUGUUGGCGAUUCGAAUCCCCUUUUUGGGGAUUAAUGCGGAGGACGAUCCGAUUAGCAAUAAAGCGGGAUUGCCGUAUCAGGAGGUGUUGCAGAAUCCGAAUACGCUGUUGUGUACGACGGAUUGGGGUGGUCAUUUGGGGUCUUUUCAGUUGGGUGGGGGGAGGUGGUUUGCGAGUGCUGCGGCGGCGUUUUUGGAGAAGAUGUUUGAGGAAGUGGAGGGUGAGGCUAUGAAGGGGGUGGAUGAGGGGAAGGAUGUGAAUAUGGGUGGGUUGGAGGGGAAGAAGUAUCCUAUUUUCGAUCCGAAUCAUCGGAGGUUGAUAUUGCCCGAGGCUUAG